AAAAAUGGUACCAAACAUUGAAGAUUGUUUCGAACCUAAACGUUUUCUGGCAAGGGACGCUUCUAAAGAAACGAGUAAAGAUUUCAUCAAUGUUGGUGGUUAUAAAUUCAAAAGUUUAAUGGAUAAAGUUGAAGAAAUGAUAUUUCGUCAAGAAUUUGAUAGACCGGAUGAUACACACGAUAGCGACGUCAUACUUGUGCAAGAUAUUAAAAACCUUGUCCUUUUUCUGGCCCCAACGGAAAUGACCUCUAAAAAUUUUGUCAAAUUCCUAAACACCGAGUCGGUUCAUUCCCUUAUCAAAUCGUUAAUUAUUUAUUUUGAACACUUCCUAAAAAUACUGGAGUUUAUAUUGAUACGAAGGGAGGAAAUGGUGGGCGAGAAUGCACAAAUGCAAAAUCAAGACAGCACUGAAAUCAAACGUAUAUUUUCGGCUAAGCUAUCACAAUAUCGCCUAUUGUUGGCCAGAGAAUACAGUCGUGUACUACUGGGCGAAGGUGACACCAACAAAUUUUACCACAUGAAACCGGUGGUUAACAUUUCAUUAUCAAUAAAAGAUCAACAAUUUCACGAAUGCUUCCUUGCUUUCUGCACAGUUCUUGUGUGGAUUGCAAUGCAGAGGCGCAGUGUGACGGUUAUUAAUUGGGAAAUUGAUCGUUUGUUUCGAUCCGAACACUUUGCAUUGGUCCAGUGUAAGCUUGGUCUGUCGAAUGUUGAAGCCAGUAUUUUAUAUGGAAAUAAUUACAAACGGUGCAAUUAUCGUGCUCAAACCUCGCCGUUAAUUCAAGAACUGAAAAAUGUCGAAGACGAAAAUCUUCCGAUUCUUUGGAUAGGAGAGAGAAAAUACCGAGGCAAUGAUAUACGUAUUGCAGAAAUCGAACUGGAAUACAUUGUGCCAUCUUCACAGCUAUGCCUAAUCGAUGUCAGCCAUGGAAUUUUGGGCCGACCCAAAAAGCUGUACGAUGCAAUGUUAAAUAUUAAAUGGGAUGCAGUGGGCAAUGAAAACUACAAUCUUGACUAUGAUCCGUAUCGCAUUAUACGACAAACUUUUCUGAACAUUCCCCAGCUAGAUGCAGAAAAAAGUAGAACAUAUUGCCAAACAUAUGAGACAUUUUAUCAAUUGAAGCAUUCUAAUGAGUUAUGGAAGUCAAAUAUGAUAGAAAAAUGGAUUAGACGAAAUGAUGUUAUUAAAUAUUACAAGACCGAGGGAAUGCUUACAGACAUAUGGAUGAAAUGCAGAAAGGAAUUGGAGGACAUGUCAUACGGUCGAAGGGUUGAGGAAAUAAUAAAAGAUUUUAUGGAACGAAAGGGCAAAAUAAGGAAGAAAUGAAACUAAUUUAGUUUUCUUAAUAACAAAUAAUAAAUUACUUACAAUAUUGAUUAUUUAAUUGGGAAAUAUAAAUAAAAAAAUAAAAACCAAUAA